AUGUCCAAUUUGAGCAAUAUCGAUCUUACAAACAACAUUGACUCAUUUCCGUAUGGGUCGAUUGAUGAAAUCCGCGGACGACUGCAACGGCCUCUGUACACACUGAGAUGGAAGGACGUUGGUCGAGAUGUCCCUCUAGGUUACGUGCCAUUGGACGUCUUGGCGCGGCUAGAGGAGACACCCUCAGACGUCAGGGGAGACAUUGAUGUCGACCAUGCCCGUCGCACUGUAUACGCCUUCCAGGGGACUACCGAACCAGAGCGCAGCGCUGUUGUUGCUGCGCUGAUGAAUUACUGGCGAAGCCAAGAUGCAUUCCCAGUGCUUCGCGGAUGGCGGGACGAGCUAUGGCCCAUUUACGCAAACGAUGGAGAGCUACUCUAUAACAUGGAGCGGUCCGCUACCGGCCUUUUUGGUGUUACGCGGUACGGCGUUCAUCUGAAUGCCUUCGUACGGUGUGCAAAGGCAAGGCAUGGUAUCAAGAUGUGGAUAGCUAGACGAUCGCCCACGAAGUCUACUUUCCCCGGCAUGUUGGACAACACCGCAGCUGGUGGACUCAUGACGGGAGAGGAUCCGUUUGAAUGCAUCAUCAGGGAGGCGAACGAAGAGGCGGACCUUGCUGAGGACGUCGUGCGAGGACAAACGUUGGCAGCUGGCGGAGUCACUUACACCUACGUCACGCACGAGGAAGCUGGUCAAGCUGGCCUAAUCUACCCCGAAGUCCAAUGGAUAUACGACCUUGAGUUACAACCAAACGUCAUUCCGCGACCUAAGGACGGUGAGGUUGCUGGGUUCGAGCUCUGCGGUAUUGAGGAGGUACAGCAUCAAUUGGCGCAUGGGAAGUUCAAGCCGAACUGUGCCUUGGUAGUCAUUGACUUCCUGAUCCGGCAUGGCAUCCUUACGCAGGACAAUGAGCCCGACUUCGACGAGAUAAAGCUCAGGCUGCACCGCGAGCUCCCCUUUCCCGGCCCCCACAAGUUCGAGUCGUUCCCAAACUAG